GUAUAUAAAAUGGAAUAGUUUCAUUAAAACAUUAUUUUUACGACCUGGUUCAUUCCGCUCGAUUCAUCUAAUUUCUAACUAAUUUCCUUGCCGGUUGCAACGCUAACUGUUUUGACAGCUUUUUUGUUUUGUUGCUCCCCCAAGCCCUCCCCAAACAGUUGAGUGUGGCUAAGGCUUCACCAGAAUGCGCAUCACACACACACAGCACGAAGCGAGAGAAAGUUUCCCCAACACAACGACGCAACCGCCCGUGUACGCGUGUACAGGGGAGCAAACGCACACACACAUACACCGCUCCAGCGACCAUUCAUACAAGCAGCGCAGCAGUCGAAAACAUUCCACCCAAUUCCUCCAGCGGACGCUAUAGCUUGCCCUUUGCACAUCGUGCGUGUGUGUGCGCGCGCGCGCAUGUUUGUGUAGCAUCGUCAUCGCGCGCUCCACGUACACACACCGCGGCGUGUGGUGUGAUCCGGGUUCUGCCGGAGAGUGUGUGUAAGUUUUUGUGUGUUUUUGCUUUCUUCUCCGCGUUCUCAAAGACCGAACCAGAGAUUGGAGUUUCUUAAGGUGGCCGGUGCCACCACAGCGCAGCAUCCAUCAGGGCGGGUGAACGGAAUUCAGUUGGCCGGUGCAGGAAGCUGGAAGGGCCGCAAAUCGGACCAGUUCAGUUCAGUGACACACAAAAAGUCGUGCCUAGGCCGCGCCGCGCUUCGACGCGUAGUAGCAGUAGAAGAGGGAAAGAGGCAAACAACAAACACAGAACGAGAACUUUCCUGGAAAACAACGGCUGACCGAGUGUGUGCGUGAGAAAGAGAGAAAGCGUAAAAAAAAAAACGUUCACAUAAACGUACAAUAGAGCAACGUGAAUUCUCCCCUCCCGCCUAACCCUCUUCCCCAAACCCUUCACACGGUGCGAUGGCAGGGGACGACAUUACCUUCAUCUUCCAGUUCGGGAACCUGCGCGACAUCACCACGGUCGAGUCGAGCGCCCUCACACUCAAAACGCUCAAGGAGCUGGCCUGCGAGUUCAUCAACAGUAAGAUCCCGGAGAAUGGGUUAAACCGGCUGCCGGAGCGGUUGCUGCUGUUCCGGCACGACUACGAAUCGCACAACGUGCUGCAGAUGGUAACGUCCGCCUCGGACAUCGUGGACGAAACGCUGGUCGAGAUCGUGCUCACUGCCAACCAAACGCUGCUACCGCCGGCCAACAGUGGACCGGCGCUGCACCGGAACAAUGUGCCGGUCGGCGGCCAGGAGGACAUACCGCUGGUGCGGCCCCACGCGCUCAACGUCCACUCCUACAAGGCGCCCACCUUCUGCGACUUUUGCGGCGAGAUGCUGUUCGGGCUGGUGCGCCAGGGGCUCAAGUGCGACGGCUGCGGGCUCAACUACCACAAGCGCUGCGCGAUCAAGGUGCCAAACAACUGCAGCCGGGUGGAGCACACGGGUAUGCUGCAGGCACAAUCGGCCAACCAGCAGCAGCAGCAGCAGCAAAGCAACGGCAGCGGCAGCCGCCGGUCCGGUUCGGCCGGCGGCGGGCUGCUGUCCUCGAUGCUGCCCGCCCGCAGCCCGUCCGGCGGCUCCAGCAACUCUCUCGCGUCGGACGAAACGGCCGGCGCUGGAAAUAUGCUGUCCACCACCAUACGGCAGAGCCGGUCACCGUCGCUGACGAGCCGCGGCGCGGUCGGGGGCCACCCGAUCAAGAUCCCGCACAGCUUCUCGAUCCACACGUACACGCGGCCGACCGUCUGCCAGUACUGCAAGAAGCUGCUGCGCGGCCUGUUCAAGCAGGGCGUCCAGUGCCGGGACUGCCACUACAACGCGCACAAAAAGUGCAUCGAGAAGGUGCCGAAGGACUGCACCGGGGAAAACACGCAGCCGGUGGACGCGCACGACGACCGCAGCCAGUCGAGCGAUCGGGAGCUGCUGUACAAGGACGACCCGGAGGACGAGAGUGACUUCGACGACGGGCAUCCGUUCGGGGCGGGCAGCUCCGGGCGGCGGUCGGGCGGCAGCACCGGGACGGCGGCCAGCGGCGGCGGCGGCGGCGGCGGCGGCACCUCAGCGACGGCGGCCAGGGAGGGCGCCGGUGGCAAGGAAUCGCCCCUCGGGCCCGGCGACGGGGGCUCGCCGGGCAAGCUGAACGGGGGCGGCGCCGGCCCGCCUGCCCCGGCCUACCAUCUGCUGGACGAUUCGGACGACAACCGGCUGGAGGUGAUCUGCGAGCAGUCGCGCCAAUCGUCGAGCAAUUCGUCCUCGUCGCCGAGCGCCAACAUUCCGCUGAUGCGCAUCGUGCAGUCGGUGAAGCACACGAAGCGCCGGGACGGGCGGGCAAUGAAGGAGGGCUGGCUGGUGCACUUCACCAGCAAGGAGAAGACGAUCAAGCGCCACUACUGGCGGCUCGACUCGAAGGCCAUCACGCUGUUCGUGUCGGACCAGGGCAGCAAGUACUACAAGGAGAUACCGCUGAACGAGAUCGUGGCGGUGGAGGCGGCCCGCACGCUGCAGGGCGAGGUGCUGCACUGCUUCGAGAUUCGGACGGCGGCCGUCGACUACUACGUCGGGCAGGACCCGCUGUACAAUAUGAAGCAUCACGCGGAUCCGGUGCUGGCGCUGCCGCCGCCCGACAGUGGCGUUGGGGCGUACCUCGCGAAAAGCUGGGAAACGGCCAUCCGGCAGGCACUGAUGCCGGUCCAGACCGGCACGGGUCGGACGGGGGAGGGCCAGGGAGCGGCGGGCGCUAGCGAACAGCCGGAGGAGCGCGUCACGGACAUGAGCCAGCUGUACCAGAUCUUCCCGGACGAGGUGCUCGGGUCGGGCCAGUUCGGCAUCGUGUACGGCGGGGUGCACCGGAAGACGCACCGGGCGGUGGCGAUCAAGGUGAUUGACAAGCUGCGCUUUCCCACCAAGCAGGAGGCGCAGCUGAAGAACGAGGUGGCGAUACUGCAGAACCUGUCGCAUGCGGGCGUCGUCAAUCUGGAGCGAAUGUUCGAAACGCCCGAGCGCAUCUUCGUCGUGAUGGAGAAGCUGAAGGGCGACAUGCUGGAGAUGAUCCUGUCGCACCAGAACGGACGGCUGAACGAGCGCGUCACCAAGUUCCUGAUCACGCAGAUCCUCGUCGCCCUCAAGUACCUGCACAGCCGCAACAUUGUACACUGCGAUCUGAAGCCGGAGAACGUGCUGCUCUCGUCGGACAACGAGUUUCCGCAGGUGAAGCUGUGCGAUUUCGGUUUCGCGCGCAUCAUCGGCGAAAAGUCGUUCCGGCGGUCGGUUGUCGGCACGCCCGCUUACCUAGCGCCGGAAGUGCUGCGCAAUAAGGGCUACAAUCGGUCGCUCGACAUGUGGAGCGUCGGCGUCAUCAUCUACGUCAGCCUGAGCGGAACCUUCCCGUUCAACGAGGACGAGGACAUCAACGACCAGAUCCAGAAUGCCGCCUUCAUGUACCCGCCGAACCCGUGGAAGGAAAUUUCUUCCGAUGCAAUCGAUCUGAUCAACAACCUGCUGCAGGUGAAGCAGCGCAAACGGUUCACGGUGGACAAGAGCCUGCUGCACUGCUGGCUGCAGGAUCUGCAGACGUGGAACGAUCUGCGCGCGCUCGAGUCGCAGGUCGGUCUGCGCUACCUGACGCACGAGUCGGACGACGCGCGGUGGGCGGUGACGGCGGGCAGCGGUGGUCCAUGACCCGCCGCCCCGGACGGACGCCGGCUGCCCUCGCUGCCCUUCAUCCAGGAGUCGUCGACGCCGCCGGUGGACGAGCAGCAGCAGCAGCAGCAGCAGCCGCCGCCGCCGGCUGUCUCCUCGACAGCCGUCCCGAUUGCCCGGCACGCGUCCGACUACUGUGUGGGCGGCGGCGGCGGUGGUCCGGCCACCAAAGCGUACGGCCACCAGCCCCACCAGCCCUCCCUGCUGUUUACGGACUUCCGCGGCAAGGCGUAUCGGUGGAUGCGCGGCCGGUUCUGCCGGUUUGUGAAGGCCUAACCUGAUAUUUGCUGACUCUUUCUUUUUUAUCUGACAAACCCAUCUCGAACGCUUAAUCUCUCGACCCUGUCGGUAGGGUUUACGUCGUUGUUGUUGUUUUGUUUUUUUUUUUAUAUAUUAGAGUAUGCUAUAUACUUAGACGCACGCACACACUUACAGCAAAAACACGCACACACAAACACUCACACAUUCUCUCGAUAUUGUAGCAGUAGGUUAAUAGUAACGGACGCGAAUGUGAAACUGAGGCAUUCGGGGCGGUUUCUGCUUAACACUUAAAAUCUUUACCCCAUCUUCUCCCUCGAAAAAAUGGGGGUUUGGGGGUAUUGUUCUUAGUUGCGGAGCGGAGCGGAGUGGACGGAAAUGCGUGUCGGCAAACGAGCAGGCAAACUAGCAGCGUAAGACGUUCCGUUUCGUUCGUUUCGUUCGGCUCUUAAUGUACAGUUGACGAUUGCGCUCGCUUGGGAGGCCGUCCAGGGAGGCAAACCGAGUUAAUGCUUCCAUCGUACGCACUUGCAUGUGCCGUACACGUCUUAAAGUUACGCCUCCAAAUCCGGGCAGGCUCGAAGAUAAUGUUUAGCUGUUAGUGUUAGGGUUUUUUUUUGUGCUCGAUGGCGUCAAACAGUGUCGCCAGGGGCCGUCAACUUGGCGGGAGAAAGAAAAAAAAAGGGGCACACCCGUUUGGUUUUGUACGAUCUGUACCGUACUCACAUUGCCACGUGAUGUGGCAAAUGUCGGUUGCUUUAGUUGUGCAGUACAUUCCUUGCUUUUGUUACGUUUUGUUUGUGUCCCCAAAAGAGCUUGGUUGCUUGGCCCCGUGCGCCCGUGCCCAAUAUCAUUCCCAUUUUUUUGUUUCUUUUUGUAGCAAACCAACUAGCGGAAAAUAAAACGGACUAUGAAUAUCUUA